AUGGCUCGCCCCGUUAUAUCCUACCGUUAUUCCUCCCUCCCCGACCACUGCAUCCGUCUGCUCCGCCUGAUUCCGCACUGGGACAAGACCGCUCCUCUACAAUGCAGCUUGUUCACCAGUCCCAUCUUGAUAUCGGGCCGAGCCAGUCAUUCGUACGAAGCCUUGUCGUAUGUCUGGGGCUCGCCGGAGAGAACCCAUUAUGUCUGCAUUGACAACUGCGAGCUGCCUGUCACGGCGAGUCUCCACGGGGCCCUGUCGCGCCUCCGAGACUCCCUCAUUGAGAAGAUUGUGUGGGUCGAUGCUAUCUACAUCGACCAGGAGGACUUAGGCGAACGGGAGAACCAAGUUCAGUGCAUAGCCGAGAUAGAUGCCAAGGCGAGCCGGGUGCUGGUCUGGCUCGGGGAAGAGAAGGACGACAGCUCUCACGAUGCGGACGGCGCGGAUGAGCCUGUCCUGGCCCUGCUUGAGCGUCCGUGGUUUACGCGCAUAUGGAGGUUGCCGCCGCCCAACACGUCCUUGUGGUCUGCGGUUCCGCCGGAUUGA